CAGCAAGCCAAAUCCGCGGUCCGCAGUCUGAAAGCCGCUUACGUUUUCGGUUAAGUGAGAUGUUUUCGGCCAAGUGUGUCCUUUUUCUGGUGCUGCAGGUUGCAGCCUGCAAUGCAGAGUUUUUCAGUUCCACCUCGGGCCUGGAAAAGCUGUUUGAAACGGAGGUUAUGCUUUUGGCAGAGCUGCAGAAAUACGUGAACGAAAUUAACCAACAUGCAGAGGCUCUGCAAAGUGAGAUCGACGCUAUCCGCUUGGAACACCUGAAUGCCGCCGAGGGCUUUGACGACUACCUCAACAAUCCGGUGAACGCAUUCCGGCUAAUUAAACGUCUUCACAGCGACUGGGAAACCUUCGAGGGCAGCAUUGCCUCAGACACGAGUCGCUCAGACUAUCUCGAAUCAAUGGGCAGACUUAAGGAGAAUCUGAGCUUUCCUUCGCAGGAUGACUUUGUGGGAUCGGCAAUCGCCUUGACUCGACUGCAGCAGACUUACCAACUCGACGUAGGGGAACUCGCCAGUGGAAUCCUCAAUGGAGUCAAAUAUGGGACGGCCAUGUCCUGGCAGGACUGCUUCGUCCUCGGCCAGCACCUGUACGCGUUGAGGGACUACAACCACACAGUUCCCUGGCUGCAGCAGUCGAUGCAGCUGCUCGGGCAGCAGUCCUACGGAUCGGAGUCCGCCUCCCUGGACUUCAUGGAGGCGGUGGUGGACUACCACCGGGAGAUGGGAGCCCACGAGAGCGCCUUGCGGCUGGUGAACCACGUCCUGUCCAUUGAACCAGAGCAAAGGACCCACCUUCUGGAGACUCGUCAGCACCUGGAGGAGCUCAUCACCGACGGGGACAAGAACGGGUUGCUCCACAUGACUGCCCGCAGACCGGGGGACUACCACGAAUCCCGGGAGUUCCGCAUGUACGAGCAGGUGUGCCGAGGGGAGCUAUCUCCACUGCCUUCCAAACAGAGGAGGUUCAGGUGUCGCCUGAGGAGGAGUAGACUGGGGUACGCCCCCUUCAAGCUGGAGGAGCUCCACUUGGAUCCCCUGGUGGUGCAGCUGCACCAGGUGGUCAGCGAGAAGGACUCGGAGCUUCUGCAGAAGACCGCCAGACCCAGGAUAAAGAGGUCCACUGUCUACUCACUUGGAGGAGGUGGAGGAUCCACUGCAGCCGCCUUCCGCACGAGUCAGGGUGCCUCCUUCAACUACUCCAGGAAUGCGGCCACCAAACUGCUUAGCCGGCAUGUGGGUGACCUAUCGGGUCUGAAUAUGGAGUACGCUGAAGAUCUGCAGGUGGCCAACUACGGGAUCGGCGGACACUACGAGCCGCACUGGGACAGCUUUCCCGAGAACCACAUUUACCAGGAGCACGAUCUCAACGGAAACCGAAUCGCCACGGGAAUCUACUAUCUUUCCGAUGUGGAAGCUGGAGGGGGAACAGCUUUUCCCUUCUUACCCCUGCUGGUGACCCCAGAAAAAGGGAGCCUGCUCUUCUGGUACAAUCUUCAUCCAUCGGGAGACCAGGACUACCGAACCAAGCACGCCGCUUGUCCUGUUCUGCAGGGCAGCAAGUGGAUUGCCAAUGUUUGGGUGCGAGAACGCAACCAGGACAAAGUAAGGCCCUGCGAUCUCCAACGGAACCACGAAAUCUCAUUGCAUUACAGGGAAUUUGACUAA